AUGCGGUGCUACCGGUGCUUGCUCACGGGGCACGUGGGCCAACGGUGCACUGCGGGGGAAGACUGCAGCGAUAGGUGCUAUCGUUGUGGUCAAGGCGGCCACAAGGCCGCGAGAUGUGUCACGCCAUCGCCACGUUGCUGGUACUGCGCUGCAGCUAACCGCAAGUCGGACCAUGGAAUUGGUAGCACAAAAUUGUGUCGCUUGCCAAAAGGCCAGGGCCUCGGCCUCAGUGUGGGCAUCGGAUCCAUAUUGGACCCUAGGGUCGGGGAUUGUUAG